CAGGGGAUCUUACUAAAGCUAGACUUUAAUUUUAAAAAGCUAUUACCAGUAUAUCUGGAUAAAAUAAAAAUCUUUUUUUAUAUAAUCUAUCUUGGCUUACAGGAGUGGGUAAUAAUAUAUAUAAAAUUAAAUAUUAAGCCUGAUUUGAUAUUAUCUGAGGUACUAACCGGGGCCUUUAAUUAG